CAAUCUUGUAAUACUGCCAUGCAUAAUUGCCUUUGGGCUUGGCUGCUUGAAACAUAGUUCAAGAAUUCAACUGCUGUCUCGGCACACUAAACCAACGUGUGCUGUCACAGGCACACCCGAACUUAAAAGGAACUUUUUUUGUCUCCAAUUAGAACUACCUCAUUCUACAAGUGGCUGGAUCUUGGGACUAGUAGAGUUCAAGACACAGUCAUGGCAGGAAUGUUUUCCUACGAGAGCUCGGAGGUGGACUGGUGUGAAGACAACUACCGCCAUUCCGAGACAGUGGUUGAAUAUUUCAAUACGAUGAGCAAUAUCAUCUUCUUCGUGGUUGCACCCAUCAUGCUGUAUCUGCUGCACCCUUAUGCCAGGGAGAGAAACCUGGCCGUGCACCUCGUCUGGAUCAUGAUGAUCUUUGUGGGUCUUUUUUCUAUGUAUUUCCAUAUGACACUCAGCCUAAUGGGACAGAUGCUGGAUGAGCUCUCUAUUUUGUGGGUGAUAGCUAUUGGCUACUCUCUCUGGUUUCCCCGGAGGCACUUCCCUUUCUUCGUCAAGGACAGGUCUUCUUUCUCCUGGAUGGUUCUCGGGGUUACUGUGAUCACCACAGUGUCCUCUUUCGUUAAGCCCGUUGCCAAUGCUUAUGCUCUCAACUGCUUUGCCAUACAUGUUGUCUACUCACUGAUCAUUGAGAUGCGCAGCUGCACAAACACCAAGGCGCUGCGACUGGUCCGUCAAGCUAUCGGCCUGUGGGUUCUCGCGAUCGCCUGCUGGAUCAGUGAUCGCUUCGGCUGCAGCUUCUGGCAAAAGAUCAACUUCUGCUACCUGCAUGGAUUCUGGCAUAUCCUGAUUGUGAUAGCCACAGCCUACGGUACCUCCCUGCUGUCCUACCUGGAUGCCCACUACGAGAUCCCCUAUUCUCAGCCAGCUCUACAGUACUGGCCAUGUGAUAACUGGGAUUUAGGCCUGCCUUACGUCGUACUCAAGGGCCCAAACAAGGCACAGAAAUGCUACUAAUGAACUCAUUGUGUGUGAGGGGGUGAUGAGAUGAAGACACUCCAUUUUUCUGUACAUUACCUGCAACUUUUUUUAUACAUGUUUUAUAUAUCUGUUAUAUGUUUUUGUGCUGACUGUUUUGUAAGUCAGCGGUGUGAUUCUGAAUAGUAGUAAAUGCAUGUAUGAGUUA